UUGGGUGUGUCCGUCUAAAACGAGGGCGAGGAAACACCGCACGCAGACAAAUACCGUAGUAAUGUUAACGUCAGUCCCUCCUCUCCGCUCAGCUCAGCUCGGCAGAAAGUCUACUUCGAACCUGAUACAGUGUUGAGUUUCGAGCGAUAGUGGCAAUAAAAUAAUGAUUAAGCCUAACAAAGUAGGGCAAGACGUUAAGUUAAGGGAGGGUCUGUUUUCUCCAGUGCCAGGCAACAUCUGCUGCUGUUCUUCCGCGGUUUCCCUGCACGCUUUGGAUCCCGUCCGGUAAAAAUAAAAUAAAAAUAUAAAUACACCAUACGUCGCACUGCAUCAUGCAUCAGCUUAUAAGGAAAUUCGUGUUCACCGAAUCGCAUUGUGUGGAGGAGGACAACACGAAAACUUUCGCGGAUUUGUUUGAGAAGUUAGACGCUAAUAAAGAUGGGAAAGUGGAUGUUUCUGAGCUCAAGACGGGCCUGGCUGCUAUGGGCUUCUCUAUGGGCAAAGGAGAGGCGCAGAAAAUCUUUGCCUCUGGAGACACUGAUAAGGAUGAAGGGCUGGACUUUGAGGAGUUUUCAAAGUAUCUGAAAGAACACGAGAAAAAACUCAGACUGACCUUCAAGAGUCUGGACAAAAAUCAGGAUGGUCGCAUCGAUGUCAGAGAGAUCCAGCAAUCGCUGAAAGACUUAGGCUUAAACUUGACAGAUCGAGAUGCAGAGAAGAUCCUCCACAGUAUUGAUGCGGAUGGAACUAUGACUGUGGAUUGGAAUGAAUGGAGGGAGCAUUUCCUCUUCAACCCAGCAGAUGACCUUCAGGAAAUCAUACGCUACUGGAAACACUCAACUGUGUUGGAUAUAGGUGACAGUCUGACUAUUCCAGAUGAGUUCACCGAGGAGGAAAAGACCACAGGCAUCUGGUGGAGGCAGCUUGUUGCUGGAGGCAUGGCAGGGGUGGUCUCUCGAACAGGAACCGCCCCCUUGGACAGAAUGAAAGUCUUCAUGCAGGUCCAUUCCUCAAAAACCAACAAAAUCGGUCUGGUGGACGGGUUCAAGCAGAUGAUUAAAGAAGGGGGCGUGGCCUCUCUGUGGCGGGGUAAUGGAGUCAAUGUCAUAAAAAUCGCCCCAGAAACUGCAAUCAAGUUCAUGGCAUAUGAGCAGUAUAAGAAGCUGCUGACCAAAGAGGGUGGGAAAAUCCAGUCACAUGAGAGGUUCAUUGCUGGCUCUCUGGCCGGUGCGACCGCUCAAACAGCCAUCUAUCCUAUGGAGGUAAUGAAGACCAGACUUACUCUGAGGAAGACUGGCCAGUAUUCUGGGAUGUUUGACUGUGCCAAGAAGAUUCUGAAGAAGGAGGGAGUGAAGGCCUUUUAUAAAGGCUAUGUGCCCAAUAUCCUGGGAAUUAUUCCAUAUGCUGGAAUCGAUUUAGCAGUGUAUGAGACCCUGAAGAAUGCCUGGUUGUCUCGCUAUGCUAAAGACACUGCUAAUCCAGGAGUGCUGGUUCUUCUCGGCUGUGGGACCAUUUCUAGCACAUGUGGCCAGCUGGCCAGUUACCCUCUGGCCCUGGUCCGCACACGCAUGCAGGCCCAGGCAUCUAUGGAGGGAUCGGAGCAGGUGUCCAUGUCGAUAUUGGUGAAGAAGAUCAUGCAGAAAGAGGGCUUUUUCGGGCUUUACCGUGGGAUCCUGCCCAACUUCAUGAAAGUGAUCCCAGCUGUCAGCAUCAGUUAUGUGGUGUAUGAGUACAUGAGGUCUGGAUUAGGCAUCUCAAAAUGAUCAAUGUCUUGCAUGUUCACACACGCACAAAAUUUUUACCAUCUCUCUUUGAAAACACCCUCCAUGAUGGGACAAAAUGUCUGUUCAGUAACCAAAGUGUUUGAUAUAUAACCUCUGGGAAAAAAGUCAUGAUGUUUAUCUUGCAUUGAGGUUGGGGCCCAACCUAAUUAAUGUUUACACUGAUAUAUAAUUGCACUUUUAUAAGUAUCUAAUAAAUUUCUAAAAUAUUCUGCAUCCGUCCCUGACCAAAUCAGCCAUUGUGAGCCAGUGCACUAUAACAUAUUACAGUAUCAAUUUCACAGAUAGAUUGAUAGACAUGGAAAUCUGCCUUUUUGCAUAAAGUAAUUAUACCCAAAUAUACGUAGUAUAAUUUUUUUUCAAGUGAAAUAGGUUGGGCCAUGGUCAAGUCUUUACAUGCUGCAGUCAAUGCUGUUUGUAUAUGUUCUGUGAAAAAUGCUAAAUACACACAGUAAAACAAGGAUCAGAGAAACAAUGCAAAAUGGGGUCCCACAUUAUGACAAAAGAGCAAAAUGUGCCUUAUAUCAUUUGUUCGAUCUCUGUGUGGGUUCCUUUCCAUCUCUACUAUACAUUGGAAAAUUUAAUUUGAAUUUAUGUUGCCUUUAUCCCCGAAGUUUGCUUAGUUUAGAAACUCUUGUUUAUAUUAAAGGUUGUAUUUGAAUACAGUGUGUUGUGAUGUCUCAUUGCACAUUUGCUUAAGAUAUAAGUAAUUAAGUAAUACUUUUAUUUAGCAAGGAUCCGUUAAAUUGAUUAAAAGUGAGUUGUAAAUCCCUUGUAACAGCCUGUAGUAAAUUACAAAAAGAUUAAAGACUUGGGAAUAGUUCACUGAACUGGCUUAUUCAACUCUGACGCAAAAGCUGGAUUUCUCUCUUGCAUGUUGAUUAAAGUUGGAUUCAAUGAAACUUAAGAAGCAGCAAGCUGUUCUGAAUAACAACUAAAGUACAUUGUACUGGACAAUACAGAGUAUGCUUUCUAAAAAAAAGAUUUUUGAGUAUAUUGUCAGUGAUGUGGCUACUGGUAAGUAAAAUGCAUGAUGUAUUAAGCAUGACAUAAAACUUAAUGUAGAGUAACUGUACUGUGCCAUCUGUUGGGAUGGUACAACAAGAGAAAAUAUCUUCAAUAUAAAAAUCCAACAACUGGGACAUUUGUAUGAAGAUGUUUGUGCCAUUAAGACAUAAUGUUAUAUAAUCAAGAAAUAGAGCAAAUAUUACACAAUGAGACAUGUAUAAUUCCCUUUUAUUAUUUUGUCACUUUUUGUUUUGAGUUUCCUCUUUUUUCGUUGAUAUACAAAAUGCAUUACCCAUUAACAACCCUCACUCAGUUUACAUUAACUUACAAAGAGAAAUGUAAAAUCAAAUUGCAUUGCUACCAAUAUUUUGAACAAAUUAAAU